AGCAGCGCCGGUGUCGGAGGUGUCUGUGGAGUCUCAACUUUAGUUCGCAGUCUCUUCACCUGUAGCGUAGCUGUAGGCUCCACGGCGAGGGCUUUCUGGGGCGGCCGUGCGUGGCUUAAGAUGGCCAGUCGGAGCCUAUUGACUUGAGGAUGGAGGUAGCCGCGUUGUCUGCGCCCAGGGGGCGCAGCAUCUCAUCAAAGAGCUCCCCAAACCUCUGUAACAGCUGAGAGGCCGACCAACUACUGCCCAGAAGAAAAGAUGUUUGGUUUUCACAAGCCAAAGAUGUACCGAAGUAUAGAAGGCUGCUGUAUUUGCAGAGCUAAGUCCUCCAGCUCUCGAUUCACUGACAGUAAACGCUAUGAAAAGGACUUCCAGAGCUGUUUUGGGUUGCACGAGACUCGUUCGGGAGACAUCUGUAAUGCCUGUGUUCUGCUUGUGAAAAGAUGGAAGAAAUUGCCAGCGGGAUCAAAAAAAAACUGGAAUCAUGUGGUAGAUGCAAGGGCAGGACCCAGUCUGAAAACUACGCUGAAACCAAAGAAAGUGAAAACUCUAUCUGGAAACAGGAUAAAAAGCAACCAGAUCAGCAAACUGCAGAAGGAAUUUAAACGUCACAAUUCUGAUGCUCACAGUACCACCUCAAGUGCCUCCCCCGCUCAGUCUCCUUGUUAUAGUAACCAGUCAGAUGAUGGCUCUGACACAGAGAUGGCUUCAGGCUCUAACAGAACGCCUGUUUUCUCCUUUUUAGAUCUCACGUACUGGAAAAGGCAGAAAAUAUGUUGCGGGAUUAUCUAUAAAGGCCGUUUUGGGGAAGUCCUCAUCGACACACAUCUAUUCAAGCCUUGCUGCAGCAAUAAGAAGGCGGCUGCUGAGAAGCCAGAGGAGCAGGGGCCAGAGCCUCUGCCCAUCUCCACUCAGGAGUGGUGACUGAGGUUUACGUAGAAGGGGAACAAAAAACGAUUUACCUUUUAGGGGGGAACCCCCACAGCAACAAAAUGGCCCUCCUAUUUUUAACUUGGAUACCCGCUAUUCUGCCAAAAGACAAUUUCUAGAAUAGUUCUGAAUGGGUUAUUUUUUCUUCAUCUUUACAAGUUCCACAAACUAUGAAGCCAGUAUCUAUCUAACUAAGAGGAAAAAACGACAUGUACAUAAUAUUUAAGAUGCUGAGUAUUUCAUAGGAAAGCUGAAUGCUGCUGUAAAGUGCUCUUUAAGUCUUUUUCUUUUAAAUCCCCUUCUAAUGAAACUAGGGGAAUUUCAGGGGACUGAGGUGGGAUUUUGGUGUAUAAUAAACGUCUGUAGGUUUAGUCUUUCUGUAUUGAGAAGCGGUGGUUGGGGCAUUUUUAAAGAUGGCUGACUACACUUAGUUUCCUUCAUGAUAAUAAAUUUGUCAUAACUCAGUAACCUGGACUUGCCCCUAGAGAUAGUUGUUAAUAAUUUUGAAAUAUUAAGGUCUGGCCAAGGUUCUGAUGAUUCAAACCUAUACUACUGAAUAUUAAGCAGGACAGACUAGCUCUCUGCACAUACCUUGAAGGAGUAAUUUUCUAAGUAUACAAAGAGGAAACUGGACUAUAUAUGUUGUAUCCUGUGUCACCUCCCUCAUGUGGAUAUUCGAUGAAGAUUUUAACUUACAUGAAACCUUUGCAGCAGAAUCAGAGCUCCUCGUGGGGAGAUGGCAAGCCUUCAGGGUGAGCGGUCCCACAUGAGUAGUACCAAAGCUUUGCCCCACGACAGAGCACACACUCUCUUAGAAAUGUCAAAUUGUCUGAGAAAUAAGAUGUGUACGUCUUUAGGAUGGCAUCACAGUAACAAAGGUUAAUGCUUCUUGGGGCACAUCUCUUAGAGGGCUCACUGAGUGUGUAAAUAACUGACUUUAGUUUGUGCUCCAUGACUGGUGACUUCACUGAAAAUCUACCCGAUUCAGUUUUAGCUCUGGAUUACUUCAGUUGACCUUUGUGAAGGUUUUUUCUGUGUAGAGUGUUUGACUUGUUCUAAUCUAUUAGGGCUUGGGUUUGUUUUUUUUUCACUGUGUUAAAGUAGAAUUCUAAUACAAGAAAGAGGUGUGUUAGUGCUAAGUGGGUUGGUUUUGGUUUGGCUUCUAAUCAAGCUUUCUCAACACCGCGAUGUUAGACGUACAUUCUGAACGCGAGGUCCUUCAGUUCUAAAAUCUUUAUCAAAAGCCUGCUACUGGAACCCAAACCAAAGUGCUCUCAUUGCCUCUUGUCUCAGAGUUCAUGGAAAAUAUUAGCAGUUCACACUUUUCCUGACAAGGGAGGAUCAGUUGCCUGCCUUCUAAUGAAAUGACUCAGUGCUUAUUUUUAAAGCUGGAUUUAAAAAAAUUGGGUAGUAUAAAUAACAAUAAAGGAGUGAGCCACUUUUUAUGGGCACCCUGUAGUUUUAUAGUUUUUAAUCUAAACUUAAAUUUUUAUAUUCCUUUUGGAAGAAACGACAAGCUACCGUAUGCACAGACGGCACAGUGAGUUGGGGCGGCUCUCCCACAGCCUUUUAGGUGUAUUGCAAGAGUCUCAGCCAUUAUCAUCAUCUUCUGAGUUAUUUUGAAAUGGUUCUCUUUUUUUUUUUUUGUACAUUUUGGCUACAGUGCUGGUGGUAGAAUAUACUAUAAUAUGGAUCAUCUCUACUUCUGUAUUUAUUUAUUUAUUACUAGACCUCAACCACAGUCUUCUUUCCCCUUCCACCUCUCUUUGCCUGUAGGAUGUACUGUAUGUAGUCAUGCACUUUGUAUUAAUAUAUUAGAAAUCUACAAGUCUGUUUUGUACUUUUUAUACUGUUAUAAUCAAAACUUUUACUAGGUUAUUGAAUAAAUUUAGUCUUAUUAGAAAAUAAAA